CACAUACGAAUCGUUGAAGAGCACAACAGCUACUCAGAAGACUAUACGAACUCAUACCCGGUACACGUACCGCAUGUAUUCGCGCCGCGCGACGACAACCACAAACGCUUUAUUCCACAGCUUUUUCAAGUAAACAGCCAUCGCACCGUAUCUACCUUUUAUAAUAAUAUAUUUAGUACUCGUAGAAGUUAACGUCGAUGACGGCGGAUGACGGUUCGAAGUUUGCUUUAAAAUUUUAAACGGUUGUGCGAAACGAACGUGUUUUCGAGCUGCUCGGGGGCUUUACAUUUUUACGGUAUUUAUUGAAUUCCAACCUGCGAAUUCGGAAACAGCGACGGAGAAAAGCUAGAUUUCGCAGAAACCACACGCGUCGACCCAAAGAUAUUGCAAAAAUUUUCACUGAGAUAUUAACGCAGGCAUCUGAUUGCCGCCGUUAUGACAAGCUUAAAUGGUGAUGCUUUCGUUAUGCGAAACGGUCGCUCCACAAGCCAAGUAUCUAUCUAUAACUACCCCGAACACCUCAAUCCAUUCUACGAGGAUGAACAACACAAACGUUUGCGUUUCUGGAAAAUAAAUAAAUCCAACAACGGAAGCGGUCGCCGCAAUAGUUUUUCUUUAGGUGGUCUGAAAGAUGUAUGGACGUUCAAGUCAUUUCGCCUUAAGAAGAAGUCCUCAACAUUGGGCAUAAACAAAACAUCAGAAAGCCCACCACCACUACGUCGAGAUCUGCAGCCAUAUAAUACGUUGAAUGGAAAUGAUCUCAGCCUACCCGAUUAUCGCACUCGUUACUCUACACCAGCAGGCAUCAAUGAGAGCUUUCAACGUAAUGCGGCAUACAGGAGUUCAUUGCAGAAUGUGGCUUCUGCAAAGGAUAAUGGCGGCUCACAUUUGGAUUUCAAUCGAAAUAACCAGUAUCGCAGUACCAUACAGGUGAUGGGCACAAAAUCCAGCAAUCACAAUAAUAGCUAUUCACGCACAACACCGGUGCCACAACCAAGAAGGUAUGUGUACGGUGGGUCUGUGACGCCACAGCCACUCCGUAAUUCUGAUAUCGGUGCAGGCAUUGGUCUAUCACAUGGAUCAUCGCAAAUUAGUAUGGCAAGCACAAAUCCAUUCGAAACUGACGAUGAUGACGAGGAAAAUAAUGAAGAUGUUUCACUGGCCGGUGACAGAGAGAUGAUCACUUCAACGCCCAUUAAACAACGAAUACACCGUAAAAAACGUCGUGCACCUGCGCCGCCAACCAUUGGGGUCAACAAAACUUACUCGUCAGCGGAUUCUAGUCUCGAUAUGUCACAACCGCCGCAACCGCUACCUGAACUGCGCAUAGAAGAAUGCAUGGAUAUUGCAAAUCUUACAGCUGCUAUAGAAAAUUUCGUAAAAACAACAAAUGAAGACACAGCGGAAACAACUCCAACCGCAACAACAAAUCAACAGACGGAACACGAACAAACUUGUAGUACUGUCGUAAUAAAAGAAAAUGGCGUUGCUAAACCUAUACGUGAGGAUGCGCCGCCAAGUUCUGGCCACGCAGCGCCAGAACCUACUGCGAUUGUGGAUAAACAAAAGUCCGAUGGAAAUGCUACAGUCGAAAUGAAAGAAAGUGUAGAAGUUGACAGCUUAAAAGUGCAAUUACCUGCAAAUCAAACGCAAUCUAAUAAGGAGCAGGAAGUGGGACAUGUGGAAUGUAUACACGUUCACACGGGCACUCCACAAACUCCAACAGCAGCUAAACGGUCUAGCGAAGCUAAUCAGUUGACAAGUUUUCGAAGCAGUCAAACUCGUUCGCCCGAACCAAAACAACCGAUUACCGCAAAAACAUCAUUUACUCUUACUACACCGCCUGCGACACGACGUGACUCCACCAAGAAAGCAAAAAUCACAUUACAUACUACGGAACCGUUGAAAUUUCCAGAAACGGACGAGCUAAGGAUUACCGAAGACACCACCACACCUAGAGCUGAAACAUCACCAUCAGCUGUGAAACCCGCAGUGGCCACUAAACCACACAUUGCUGAAAUUCACAAACCAGCCCGGGGUAUUACAAGCACAACAACCGUUGAACAUAAGGAAAUACUGAGAGAACAUCGGGAGCCACCAAUAAGUCCUGUGCCACCAGUACGUCAAAGCACACUGACGAAACAUGCGCAAAAAACCAUGCCGAAAGAACUCAACGCAGAGAUAUCGUUAAAUAUCGUAACACAAAAUACAGAAAGUACAGUGGAACCAGAAGCAGUACCCACCACUUCCGCAACAGCGCUAACCAUUACAGAAUCACACGAAGAUUUACUAGAAAAAGUAGUGUCUUUACCUAACGAUAGUGCAGUUACGAAUGAGACGACAACCGCGCAUCAAACACAAUCGACCACAGAACUGCGAGAGGAAGUGCUCGAAUCAUUAUAUCGUCCCAAACCGACCACUUCAUAUAUGGAAUGGAAGAAAUCAUCGCUGGCACCACUCGAAAAGAAUGUGCCACCCGAAAAACGCAAAUCAGUCAAAGAUAUCAUUGAAUCGAUCAACAGAAGUCAACGCUUGUUAAACGCAUCCGCGCACAAAGAUACAGCACACAACGGUUCGAGUUUAUCCAUCGGACCGAACAGCGGUAAUGGUACGCCUUUGCCACAGCGCAAAUUUAGCGGUCCAUCGGCGGUUGAAAGAAAUCUCGCCAGAGAGAUACAACGUACAGAACUUAACGGUAAUGGCACAGCGUCUGGUGGGCAAAACGACGAUUUACCCACAACAUCGACGGCAGCUGCAACACCAGUGAAUGAUAAUGUGAACGGCGAUGGUAGCGGUCUUGCACAAGAUCCACAAAAACUAAACAAUAAUGAAAUAUUUAAGAAAUGUACAGUAAAGAAAGAGGUGCAAUAUGACUAUAGAGAACAAUCGCCAACAACUUCUAAUCUCGAUUGGAAUCCGGUGCCGAAACCUAAGCGUAACAAAAAUCUGUCGGAACAAUGAGGGAAUAGUUCAUCUAUGAUUUUGUUUACUAGUGGUAGUAAUUUUAAAGUGAAACUAAAGUUUUCACACACCUCUUAACUACAUUCGGAUGGAUUAAUGUAAUUUACAAGAGAUGUCAGUAAAUGUGUGGAGAAUAAAAAAAUUGUCUUAAAUUGAUUAAAAUGUGCCAAAAGUUAUGCUUCGUGUCACGGCAAUUUAAGUAAAUUGCAUACUUUUAGGCGAAUAUAUAUUUAUAUUUUUGUUUGACCACAUGAGGUGCUAUGUCUGCUCAACGGCGUCCUCGCUAAACGAGUAAAUUUGUUUAUUAACAGAGUGCUCCAUAUCAUUUUCUUCUUCAAUUUAUUGUACUUGAUGGUGCACUCGACUCCAAGCAAUUUUUGUUAAUAAUUAUAAUAAUUUUAUUUUGCAUUAUUUUAAUUAAUGAGCAUUAUAUCUACCAAAGAGAUCUACCAAGGAUAUCUGCAUACGUAUAUGUAUGUAUGUACUCAUAUAUGUAUGUGAGUGAGCGUGCAGGAUCUAAAAUGCAAUGUUGGCCCCACUUAAUGCGUAACAGUACAGCUGCCACACUGGUAGCAUACUAUAUUUAUAUUAAUCAUUAACAUAACUGGUACUUUAAACUUUAUUAUACUGAGCUAAAUGUGCAAUUGUCUGCUUAGUUACUAGACUAAAUAAAUAAAUAUAUAUUUUACCCAGUUGAAA